AUGCAAUUCCAGUCAUGGAACGAGCAAGCUGCCAACAACAGCCUCAGCUGGGCCAAAACCUGCGCUCUGGGUCACAGCGCGUCCGCCAACCGCAAGACACCGGUGUUUGGCUGCGGCGAGAACCUCUACAUCGGCAAUGCCCCCUUCACCUGGAAGUACGUGAUCGGUGAGUGGUACAACGAGGUGACUGCGCCGGGCUUCGUGUACGACAAGGCCGGCCAAGGUGCCGGUGUCGAGCACUACACGCAGCUGGUGUGGUACAGUUCCUUCCAGAUCGGAUGCUCCGUCAACUUCUGCGCGACUGCUAAGAAAUACUUCUACGUUUGCCACUACUGCCCAGCCGGCAACCUGAACACGCGUCUCUCCCGGCCGUACGACAAGGGGAACGCGUGCGUCUCCUGCCCCAAGAGCUGCGUCAACAAGCUGUGCGUCAACCCCUGCAUGUUCACCGACUACUACUCAACCUGCGUCCAGAUGAAGGCGACCUAUGGCUGCAGCAACAGCACGAGCGGCAAGGUGAUCCAGAAGAACUGCCCCGCCUCGUGCUACUGCGAUGGGAAGAUCCACUGA